AUGGAGAUACCAAGGACAGGAAGAGAAGAAUGCAUGGAAAAGAGGAAGGCAAGUGAUGUUAAGAAAAUCGUUAUGGAAGAACAUACGGAAGAAAAAGUUGAAUUACUUGUGCAAAAAAGUAUGGAUGAAGUUCGUGAAGAUGUGGAAGAACCUAGAGAAGAAGUUUACGAUGUUUUGGAAGAACCUAAAGAAGAAAAAGUUGAACUGCAAGUGCCAGAAGAUAUGUCAUGUGUAGAUGAAGACAUAACCACCUUGAAUAGUAAUGGUGAUAAAAAGAAGACAUCCCACUGA